GGAGGGAGGGAGGGAAAGCCCCUCCUGGCGCCUUCCUCCUCUUCCUGUGGAGAGCCCUCGCUUCCCGCCCCGCGGAUGGGAGAGUCGCCGCGCCCGGCCUGAGCUUGGCCUCGGCUCCAGAGGGGCUCCUUGGGGACGGCGGGGUCGGCUCGUCAGCCCUGUAGCAGGGCUCCCGCAGUAUGGUUGAGUAUGUUGUGGAGUAUGAUUAUGAUGCAGUACAUGAUGAUGAGUUAACCAUUCGCGUUGGUGAAAUCAUAAGGAAUGUCAAAAAACUAGAAGAGGAAGGAUGGCUAGAAGGAGAACUAAAUGGGAAGAGAGGCUUAUUCCCUGACAACUUCGUUAAGGCAAUUCAGAGAGAGACGGAAACUAAAGAUGACGAUUUGCCAGUCAAGAGGGAAAGGCAUGGAAAUGUAGCAAACCUUGUUCAGCGCAUGAGCACUUAUGGUCUUCCAGCAGGAGCAUUUCAACCUCAUUCUCAGGGCAAAGGCCUCAGGAGGAGAUCAAAAAAACGGCAGUGUAAAGUUAUGUUUGAGUAUAUUCCUCAGAAUGAGGAUGAGUUGGAACUGAAGCUGGGAGACAUUAUAGACAUUCAUGAAGAGGUUGAAGAAGGCUGGUGGAGUGGAACACUAAAUGGCAAAUCAGGCUUAUUUCCUUCUAAUUUUGUAAAAGAGUUGGAGGUAAAAGAUGAUGGAGAAACACAUGAAGUCCUGGAUGAUUCAGAGUCUGUUUUUGCGGGCCCUCCCUCUCCUCUGACUUCACCAGGAAAUGGCAGUGAGCCCGGACCUGCACCAAUAGCACAACCAAAGAAAAUCAGAGGAGUAGGGUUUGGCGAUAUUUUCAAAGAUGGCUCAGUAAAACUUAAAACAAGACUGUCCAGUAAUGAUUCAGAAGAGAAGAAGCAGGAUAAACCAUCACCCACACAUUCAUCUGGACCAAAAGUAACACAAUUUUCUGGUGUUAUGAAAUCUGAAGUGACAACAGAGGUAACAAAAGCAGAAUCUGAAAACAAACAGAAAGCUAAGGAGUAUUGCAAAGCCUUGCAUGCCUAUGAAGGUACCAAUGAGGAUGAACUUAAUUUUAAGGAAGGUGAUAUUAUCCAGAUAAUAAGUAAGAACACUGGAGAUUCAGGAUGGUGGAAAGGCGAGCUCAAUGGCAAAGAAGGGGUUUUUCCAGACAAUUUUGCCUUUCAGAUUACUGAACUGGAUAAAGAUUUCCCUAAGCCAAAGAAACCACCACCUCCUACAAAAUGUCCAGGUUCAAAACCAGAGCUUCCAUCUGGAGAGAAAAAGUUACCUCUUCUUAAGAAUGAAGAAAAAGAUGAAAAAGCUGCUUUGGAUCAGAAAGGAUCUAAACCAGUAGCUCCUCAAGUACCUCCCAAAAAGCCUAUCCCUCCAAACAAAGUCAAUAACAUCUUAAGACCUGGGAUUCUGCAUCCAAAAUUGCCAGAGAAACCAGUUUCACAGCCGCCAGUGUCAAAAACAAAUGGAGACAUUGUUUCCUGGCGACCAAAAUCUGAAAUUGAACCUACAACAAAACUUAAAGAUUCUGAGCAGUUACCAUUGAGACCUAAAUCAGUAGAGGUGGACUCAGUUGCAAUAAAGAAUAUGAAAGAAACAGACCUCUUAAGUUUUGAUGACAUUAUAUCUACCUCAGAAAACCUAUCACAUCCCACAGCAAAUAGGCCAAAGAUGCCUGGUAGGAGACUUCCUGCUCGUUUCAAUGGCAAUAAUUCUCCUACUCAAACAUUAAGCAUGGAGAAAGCUGUGAAGGUGCAUAAAGAAGAGGAAGAAAGUGCCAAACUAAAGCCAUCUGAGAUUAGAAAGUCAUUUGUAUUUACUUCACCACUUCUGUCUUCAAUACCAAAAGUAAAUGCUGUUUCCGGGGAAAUGAAACUUAAACAAGAAAUAGAUGAAGGUGGAAAGCCUUCCUUGGAAGAGCUGAGGUCUCAGAUCUUUGACCUUCUAAUUGUGGUAGAAACGUUAAAAAAAGAACAUGGGAAAGAACUGAACAAAUUAAAAAAAGAAUUGGAGGAGGAGAAGAAGAUGCGUAGUCACCUAGAGGUAGAAAUAGAAAAACUCAAGAAAGCGAUCAUAACAUCUUGAAAGAGCUAUAGACCAUGGGUCUCUAUUGUGCCAGGAGUUCAGUCUAAAAAUGAAUGAACUUGUCUUUUUUAUUUCAAAGAAACAAAUUGUUGCAUUCCAUUUUUUAAAAGAGAAUAAAUUAAUCUUAUAUUCAGUGACUUUAAGAGGAUAAAUGAAUAUUUUUGUUUUGUUUUGUUUCCUGCCAAUAUAGGAGAGGCCUUAUUUCUUACUGUGCUGGAAUAGCAGACCUUUAUUUUCUUGGUUUGCUUGAAAUACUACUGAAGCUGUAUUUAAGAGAGAGAGAGAGAAGAAGGGUUCUAAAUAGAUUUUUAUUGAAGAUCUAUAGUAUAAUUUUUUAAAGACCUGUGCUUUAAUUAAGGCAAUAUAUCUUUGCAAAGAAAUCUGUUAAAAAAUUCUAUAGGGAGGCACAUAGUGUAGCCUUGUAGAUAUUAUAGUCACUAUUUUUCCCACCAUGGUAAAGGGAAUAUGAUAUAUAUAUAUAUAUAUAUAUAUAUAUAUAUAUAUUCACAUUCCUAUCCAGGAUUACACGGUUGUGCCUGUCAUCAGUGAGGGUAUUAAUAAUAUGCUGUUUUGUAGUUCAGGAUGAUCAUGAGAGUAUAUUCUUACUAUGAAGCAGAUGAGUCACCAGACCUACGCCAUACAAUGUAUAGAUAUCUCCUCAAGAAGAGAAUUUGGUCAGUUGCACUAUAGGAUGCAUGAAAGGGAUUUAUGUUUGGACCACACAAAAAAGCAGCAUGAUUGAAGCUACAAGAGGGCUAAAGACUUAAACUGACUUUGUACUGCAAAACAAGACGUAUUAAACGUGAUAUUGAUCAGGAUUCUCAACCUUUGAUCCUCCAGCCUUUUUAUACUUUGCUAGCAUGAUGUUGGAUUCUGGGAGCUGAAAUUCAAACCAUCUGCAGGAUGAGAAUCAUUGCUGUAGAUCCUAAAUUUCUGUGCUUUCAUAAAUUUUACUACAACACUACAAUAUCUUGCAAUUUUCAAUUUUAGCACUAAUUAUACUAUUGUUAAUAUUUUCCUAUGACAAUGAAAUGUUAAGAUCUACUAGCCUGUUAACUAAAUGCACUCUUCAAAUAAGGGUUCGUCACCCAGAAGGCUAUUUUAAAUAGACCAAUAAAUAAAUAUUUAGCACGUAUACACAUAGUCCUGCAAUGUGUUCUGAAAACAACUCAGUAGGUUUUGUUCAAACAAUAUACUUUUUUCUGCAGGGCUUUCAUUUCAUUGCUUCCACUCCUCAAUUUUUCCCUGUGAUGGACUGGAGAUGAAAUCAUACAAUGUUGUGGAACACUGCACUGAAGCAGAGGCUAAAAAUGCAAACCCAUCCUCUCUCUCUCAUUCGUUCUGUGUUAUUAUCCUAAAAUCCUGUUUUCAGAGUGAUAUUUAGACUGGCCAAAUUUAUUAUAAAGUAAAAUGCUAACUCUAGAACUGUCACUGAAAACUUUGGUCCUCAGCAUCUGGUUUUAGAACAAAAUCUGAAAUUGAAUGGCUUUGAUAUAUUGUCUCAGCUAAAUUAUAAACUAUGUCAUAUAUGUAUGUAGUUUGCAAUUUAAAGUUGCCAUCUUAUUUACUCGUAAGUAACUAUGUGUGUAUAUAAGAGACUGAAGUCUGUUUUCCCUGCCAUCCCGCUUCUCCUAGGGCACAUAUAAUCCAGAAUAUCAAGGCAGAAAAACCCACAAUAUUUGUUUUGAACUAGGUUAUCUAAGUCCACGCUGCCAUAUAUUCCAGUUCAAAGCAGAAAAUGUGAGAUUUUAUUCAGCUGUGUGGAAGGGGCCCUAUUCUGGAGUAAGAGGGGCUAAGUAAAGAGGAAGGGACCUUGUUGCUACCCAUAGAGGUCUUAUCCUUUUUUGGGCCCUGGGGAAAGCAUCAAAAUUGGGGAGUAGAAACAGGCUGGGGGAAAAGUUUGAAUCCUUCCUAUAAAGUGUGAGAAAGAAGCAGCCUCUCUUCAUUUUCAAAAAAGAAAUAAUCUUUUCCUACCUUGAGUUGGGCAUGGGUGAUGAACACCAACCUGUCUUCACACUAUCUUUCCAAAACAAUAAAAGUUCAGAAAUGGGAAAGGGGAAGAAAUUGCCAUAUAGGAUAGGGAAUAAUGUAGGAAGCUUUUCUCUUUUCCUGUUAACUUUUUUUGCAAGCAGCUGUCAUUAUGCACAGUUGUUGCUUCCACUAAAAGAUCCACUUUGAAGCAAUUCUUGUGGAAAGAAAAGAGAAAUGCUCCUACACAUAUUCACACAAUUUGGGCUUUGGGAGUACGUGCCACAAGCAGAACCCUCUUCUUUCUCCUGAAAAAACUGAACAGGAGGGGAAAGGAAACGAUCCCAUUCUUUUCCAUGUGUUAAAACAGGGAGCUUCUUGCUUCUUGAUUGUGUAGAAGCAGAAGCGAGCGGCUCCUGGCACUUGGCAGCACUUCUCUUCGCCCCCAGAGACCUACUUUCUCACAAGCCUAGCUUUUGCUGGAAGUGUGAAUUGGAAGGAACUAAAUUUGGUUUAUUGUACCAAUGUAUUGAUUCUUUAGUUGCAUCACAUGAAAACAAUCUCAGUCUGUGCUAUCUUGGAUGAAUGGAUAACAAAAGAGCUCUUCUUUGAUACCAACUUGAUUGAAAUUCUCCUCUGAUUAUGCAAAAGAAGAACUGAGCCUAAUGAAAUAUUAUGUCUUUCAUAUAUUUUUCACUGUAGUCCAAAAGAGUGUAAAGCAUAAUGAUUAAUUUGUCUGCCUUGAAGCUUGUAGGAGAUCAGUAGGACAAGACAAUCAAUUAGUUAAUUACUGAAUGGCCUUCUUUGCUGUAGCAAUAAAUGACCAAGUGCAAUGAUGAUUUAUUUUUUCAAAUCUUCUGCAAGUUGCUACUCUGAGUAUUUUUAGCGACAAAAGUCUCCCUUAACAUGACAUCUGUCUUAAUAUUGUGAAUUUGGAGAGGGUAUGCAGACAUUCCAAAGAAUACAAGUUAUUUCAAGCAGUAUGCUUCACUGACUUGUUUACGGGUGCUGUAAAAAUCAUGCAUGCUGUCAAAAUCUCACAAAUAAAAUUGUAUACUAUUAUUA